AACAGCCGCCUGAACAUAACCUAUAUUUUUCAAUUUUCAAACUGUUGUGAUUUGUGAAUUGUGUAUAUCUCUUUACUAAAUAAGAAUGAAUUUAUCGUCAACGUUAGAUCGAAGUUUACAAAGCCCAUUUUCUCCAAGGGCUCGCGCCACCAUUUCAUCUAGACGUGUUUUGCCCGGAUUUCAAACACCUUCUAAAGCUCCACCUUCAACAAGAUCGGUUCACCUAAAUCAAGUGAUAUUAAAAUCAUCUAAAAAUUAUGCGGAACGAUUCGGAGAAUCUCUCCCAGUUUUGGUAACGGAAGCCAUUAUUUUUGCCGAUAAGAACGUGUUACUGUCGGCACGCAUUUCAAAGUGUGGGUAUGCAUGGGUGGUGUGUGGUCGGCGAUUGCUUAUAUGGCAGUACCGUCAAAGUGUAACCCAAAAUAAGCCGUUAGUCAAUAAUCAAUGUUUCGAAUUGCAACUUCCCCAAAGCGACUUGGCUCAUCGAGCAGAACUAGUUUCAGUUUUUACGUCGAGCACUUCUGCUGUGCCGUCUUGUAUUGCCGUGUCACCUGAAGGUGUCGUACGCUAUUGGCCUUCGGUGAUCCAUGAUGGUGUAUCAGUAGAGCAAGCGGUUGAUUUGCAGGGCCAGGAGUGCGACAGCUUAACUGAGAUUGGGGAACUCGGUUGCAUAUUAGCGACGACUACAUGUUCCGUAGUGUGGGUGCAACCUUCUGCUUUAGGAAGUAGAGCAAGUUUGACCUGCCGUGCAUUUCGUAUGCCGACGGGAUGGCUGGGUGGAUUAAGUAGGAGGAUAAGCUCGUUCAUAUUUGGACCAAUGUCUGCAGAUCCUUCGACUGAAACUCGUCUCAUCCGUGUCUUGGCCGUACAACAAAACGAAAACGUUUGGAUUGUGUAUGUUUUAGCAGGACAUUUACUUCAAAAAUGGAGAUUGCAAAGCAAUAAUGAGGAGCAGCUGGUAUUUGUAACUGAGCUAAAUCGAUUAGUACGUGAAAGCUUUUGUUCAACCAUUUGGGAGCAAGGCGGCGGUGAUCACUCGGAUGUCGACACUUGGCUUCUAGAUUUACAAUCGGAUAAAGGCAGCAUCGUUUUAUUAGCAGCUGCCGUUAAUAUGCAUCUUUCACCACAAGUUCACUAUGCCAUGGUCUUCAUAGAUACGAAUAAUAAUCCACAAACUCCCAUCCGCAUUAGGGAGGUAAUUCUGUUGAAAUUGAGCGGUAUUUACAGAGAAGAGAAUUCUACCGAAUCGCUUUCGUAUCAGUUAUUGCUUUGUGGUAGUUGUGCAUACUUGUAUAAUCAUCAUAGCAUCACUGUGCUCAAUUCACCGCACGAACCUGACAUUUUAAAAUUUACGAAUAUAAAGGACUCAGUGUUAGGUGGGGCGGUCUGUGCUAAUGCUCCACUAUUUUUUUUGCGUAAUCAUGGCCUAGUUUCCAUAUCUUCUUAUGAUGAAGACAUCGACUUAAGUACUUCAGUGACCUCUCGAGUUGAUGGAAGUCACGAUAUUGAUGUCGGUAAUCUCUGCAUAUUCUCGAUGGAUGUCGAUGAAAUUUGCGCAGCAUCUUCGAGCAUCACCAGUAAAAUAAAAGCUGCCUUUUUAUUUUACAUAAAAAAUCAGCAGUCAGCUUGCCAGAGCAUUGUCCAGGAAUUACUCGCAGAGGAUUCAGGAACUACUUGUGAUUCAACAAUCAAUAAAUCCAUCGUAGAUAUUGGUCACGAAAUACUAGACGACACUCCGGCAGGUGAUCCUCGUUGGACUCAUGGUAAACGGAUUGGUAUUGGCAGUUCGUAUUCCAUGCAAAUUUUACACCAACUGCAAGAUAAACUGAAGUCGUUUAAUUUAUUUCUGCGUUUUCUUCGAGACUUAAAUUUAUUUAGUUUUCUUACGACCAUAAAUGUUCGUCAUACAACAUUUGCAACAGUUUACAUCUUGGGAGAGCUACCUGAAAAGAUUGCCGCUGCCAUUUCCUUGAAAAGGAUAGGUCACAAUGAAAUAUUCGAGAAUGCAGUUAAUGCAUGUGUCGAGGACUCCGAGGUCUCUGUUGAAACCGGUCUAACUAAGCAAGAUAUCCUAUUUAGCGAAGUUACGAAAAUUUAUAAAGUUUUGCAAGAACUGGUCGAGCACUGUGACCAAGUUGCUCAUUCUGAUCGUAACCCUUCAGAAGUUGUGACACUUAUUAAGGAGACUAAUGACAUACUUCUGGUUGCACUAAAAGACAUAAUUCAACAACGUCAACAGAAUCAAGGUACUUACGUACCCAGUAGUAAAGUCUUGCAGUUAGCACCUGGUUUUAUGCCUUGGACUGCUGCGCUUGGACCUGAAGGUUUACACGACUGCAUUUUACUACAGCAAUCACUAACGUACAAUUACGGCACUAAAAUUACUAGCGACGGUAAUAUACGCAAUAUCUUAUAUGACCAGUUAGGGUUUUUGCUGGACUUUAUCUUGGAUGGGUACAAGUCGUAUGUGGACAGUGUUCGAGGAACUAGCCGAGAGGGUAUAGCUCUGCAGCAAUACAAAAUUGAUCGUCAUAAACUCAUAUCCGUGUUACUUGCUGAAAAACAGUGGGAGAAAUGUGCCAAGUUAGCUGAAAAGUACUUAGACUUUGAAGCUUUGGUUAAUAUAUGUGAAUUGACUGACAAUCGACAUCGGCUAGAAAAUUACAUGGAAAAUUUCAGUUCAGAAGGAUUUUCAGAAUUUUUAUAUUCGUGGUACUUGCAAGAAAAUCAACCGGGAAAACUUAUUAGUCAUUACCGUACCCUAACAAAACCGAAACAUACGCAAAAACUGUCAAAUUUCUUAACCGAUCACCCCUCGUUAGCCUGGAUACAGAACAUGUACGAUGAUAAAUUCUCCAAUGCAUCAAUGAUUUUAAAAAAUUUAGCGUUAAAUGAAACAGAAUCCAUUGUAAGGCAAAAGACUAUGUUCAGUAUCAGUAAGUUAGCAAUGUUGGCCUCAGAUGAUGAUGAAAAUCUCAUAAAAAACUAUGUGGAAAAUAUUAACGGUAGAUUAGAACUGGUAGCCAUUCAAGAGGAGGUACCUGAUUAUGUACUUCAACACUUUGGGUACGAUACCAUUAAUAGAAAGGUGCUUUUGCCGAAAGACUUAAUCCACCUAUACACAUGUGUCGAAUACAAAGAGGCUGGUGAUGUUGAGUUUAAGAAGGCUCUCGAUUUACUGGAAUAUGUAGACGAUGAGAAGCGUUCUGAACUUUUACUUCAUAUAUGGAAGGCUGCCAUUCUAAGAGAUUCUUGGCUACAAGGGAAUAUUGAUUCUCCUAUGGAAAUUUUGCAAAAUACACUAUUUUUUAAAAUAUGUGAUUUAGCCCGUAUUUUUGGAGGAAGCGCACACGAUUUCCUUCCACCCAUUGAAGAUUUAAUGGAAAUACCUGAACUGUCUGUUCUGCAUGAAAAUAAAAAUUUUCAAUACUUAAUUAAGCUAGCAUAUGAAUAUUUGUACGGAAAUGAAGAUUAAAUGAGCAUUUUUACUA